AUGGCCCCCAGGUUUGCCACAGGAUGGCGGAGAUUUGUCCCACUCAUCGGCUACCACCAUGUUCUCAUGAUAUUCAUUGCGAUUGCCAUCAUCCUACUAUCAUUACUUCUGGCAGGAUGUUCCUCUACCUCUCCUCUCAUUCCCGACAUCUACCUCAUCUCCCUAUAUUACCAACAGUAUGCCCCCGUUUUCAGCAGUGUCCAGGUGGACCCAUCGGUCACAACGGCAAUAGCAAAUAUUGUGGGCAAUGCAGACCUCAAUGUGCGAGUGGGAUAUUUCGGGAUUUGUAUCAAAGUGGAUAGGGGAGCGUGGAUGUGCAACCAGAAUUCGACCUCGCUGGCGGACCUCGUCAGCAUUGAUCAAGAUCCCCUGAACCUGAUCUGGGUUGCCAGCACGUUCAAGAACGCCAUUGUGUUCCCAUAUCUGCUGAUCAUCGCCAUUGUCCUGGCCUUCCUCACCUUCCUCCUGCUGGCGACAUUUCCAGGCUGGCACACCAGUACCGGCCCUGACGGUUCCGAACGGGAAGUCCGACCAUUCCCAUCAAGGGCUGUGUCACAGGUGGCUCUGGCUACAAUAUUCAUUGCGUCGGUCUUUGUAUUGGUGUCGGUGAUGUGGCAGCAUACUGCCGCCGUGGCAGCGAGCACUGUGGCCCAAGACCUGGGGAAUGGAAGCGUCAAAUCCGGCGUCGGAACGGCAGCGAUGGUUCUAGGGUGGUUUGGCUUUGGGCUCCUGGUGAUUGUCACGCUCGGCUUGCUCGUGAUGAUAUUGAGCAUACAAUUACUGGAUCGCCUGACGGAUGAGGUAUGA